AGGAAGACACUCGUCUAUUUUAGAGCGAUUUCCCGCGUUUUAAUAAAACGCAUAUACGCGAUAAAUUAGUCGUAAAAAUGAAAUACGUAUCAAUUGACUGAGUUAUGGCAUUUAUGAUUUUGGUUUCGAUUAGAUAGGUUUUGUAAGUUAUUUACCCUGCAUAGUUUUGAUUUGAUUUUAAGGAGUAAGAUAUGCAGACAAACGGAACCAUAAUGUAUGGGAAGUGUGUUUCAGUCCGGCGCAAUUUGAUAAAUGCACUGUUUUAGGAGCCAUCGGUAAACAGGCAAAUUCGCGUUAUGUCUUGUAUGCUGUGUUUUUCGUCUCUUAAUGUUCAUAGGUCGCAAAACACGUGCGUAAUACUAUAUCCUGGAUGUUAAUUAGAUGUAGGUUCUGAAUGCUUAUAUUACAUUGAUGAAUUUAGGCCUACACGAUGGCUUCCGCAGAACCUGCGAACGAUACAUCUCAGAACGAGCUCCUAAAUCUCUACGAUGACAUGAACGAACAUUUCGAGGGGAACGACUUUGACAAAACAACAGAGGCAAGUGAACUUUAUGACGCUGUUCUGACUGGUUUAGUCAAUCAAGACAAGUCGGUGGUGCCUAAUCAAAUGCAAAAACGUCCAGCUAUAAAUACCCCACAUGAAGUGGGGAGAAAACUACCAUCAAUAGACCGAGGAGAACAAUCCACAAGUAAACAUUCCUUGUAUGUUGGAAAUUUCUCCUGGUGGAUAUCUGACAAAGAUCUUAUGCACAUGGCACAAUCUUUGGGAGUGAUGGACAUAAUAGAGAUAAAAUUUGCAGAGAACAAAAUCAACGGACAGUCAAGAGGGUAUGCCGAAGUGGUGGUGGCCUCGGAGGGAUCAUUGAGGACGUUACUGGACAAAGUACCACAAUGUAAAAUAAGUGGGGAGAAUCUGAGCUGUCGCUCAGCAACAUACCAAAACCUUGCCUUUUUUGAAACGCUGGCAAACAAGCGUAUGCCGAUGCGUGUUAAGGAUCCCAAAGAAUUGGACUCGCCACCGCCCAACUCUGUAAACCUCAACCCUCCCCCAAUGCCAUUGAUUUAUCCCCUUAUACCCCCUCCAAACUACCCUCCUUCAAACCCAUUCCUCAAUCAUCCACCACCUCAACCCAUGCACAUUCCUUUAAAUAUUCCCCAACCUAUGGUCCCUCCUUUCCCCCCACCACCUUUUCAUUAUGGUCAGCCACCCCCAAGUCUUCAUAUAAAUCCAGCCUUCUUGCCACCACACACCACACACAACAGUGGUGCUUACCAGCCCAAAAAGAACUCUACUCAAAAAUCUGAUGAUGAUUUUGAAGAGCUAAUGAACAGAAACAGGACCAUAACCAGUACAGCCAUCAGCAAGGCUGUUUCAGAUGCCACAACAGGCGACAUGCACAUGGCAACCGAGACUCUUUUGACUGCUAUUGCAGUCAUUAAACAAUCCAGAGUAUAUGAAGAUGAUUGCUGCCAGGCCCUGGUCACAUCACUCAAAGACUGUUUAGUAUCCAUCCGGGGCAACUAUGACUCAAGGAGAGACCGGGAGAGGGAUCGUGUCAAAGAGCGAGAUCGUAACAGAGACCGUGAAAGAGAGGACUCUCAUGGAAAGUCCCGCAGGUACAAAGAACGUUCCUGGAGUGGGGGGAGGGACCGGAAUCAUGAGCGGGACACACGUGAGCGAGACACUCGUGAGCGAGAAACACGUGAGCGAGACACGCGUGAGCGGAACACGCGUGAACGAGACACGCGUGAUAGGAACACUCAUGAGCGGGACACUCGUGAGCGGGACACUCGUGAGCGGGACCCUCGUGAGCGGGACCCCCGCGACCCUCGUGAGCGGGACCCUCGUGAGCGCGACCCCCGAGACCCUCGUGAGCGGGACCCCCGUGACCCCCGUGAGCGGGACCCUCGUGAGCGGGACACUCGUGAACGGGACACACGUGAACGAGACAGGCAUAGGGAUCCAAGGGACCGAUACCGCUAGAGUGGUAAGCUUGCAUUAGCUCUCUGGUGCAGCUUGCACUAACUGAUAGUUUUUUAAAGCCCCUCAAUGUAUAUGUAUGUACAGCGAUCCUGUAGUACUAGCGCAACCGACAGCCUAAGGAUUAAGCUGUUAUUCAAUACUGAAAUUGUAUAUUAUUAUUUUUAUUGCAGUUGUUGUGGCCCAGAUAAUGUUUCUGCACGUGUAUAUCUCAUGCAUACUUAAAAUUGAUCACUAAUUUCUCUUGUACAUUCAUGUUUUUCUGUGAGCUUCAGAAUAGGCAUUGUAUGUGUAUUUGAUAUUGUCACAGUGAUUUAUGACUCUUAGAGUUUAACAUCAGUAUCUAAAGAUCUGACAAUGAAUAGAUUGAUACUUGAAUAAUUCUUAAGUUCAUAUUUUUCAAAAAGAUUCAUUGAGCCAAACAUCUUGGCCACAUAACAGUUGGUUUUUAAUGUGUGUUUUGCGAUCAUACGUUUUUACCGUGUGAGCAUUAUUUUUUUAUAUAUAAAUCGCCGGGCAUUCUCUGACCAUGUAGAAUACAGUAAGAAAAUGACAUUUAAAAUGCAUUGCAUUGAAAUUAGAAGAUUUAAUUGGGCCUUAACCUCUUAAACUCGAGGUUCCCGUGAUCACUCUAGCAGCAAAAGGCAAACAACACUGCCCUUAUUAUGCAGAAAUGGUCAUAUCAAAUUAAACAUGAGAAACCCUGCUACAAGCACAUGUAAGUCAAUUUUACACCCACCAAACAACUCAAACAGCUAGCAUAUUAAUUAGACAAAUUUGACAAUUAAAAAUAGGCUGGAGCUUAAAAGGUUAAAAGUACAACUUUAGAAUGUAGUUAUGGUCUGUUUUGAGAAAUUUACAGUUGUCACAUGUGGACACCUGUUACUUGUUGUCCCUCAACGUUUUAGUGAUAUUAUUAUUGAAAGCUAUACCUUCCCCCUCACCCCCCAGAACUUUCCAUCCCCGGACAAGACUUAGUUUCUGCAUCAAGCCUAGGGGCUUCUGGAAUUAUCAAGCAGGGACUGAUGGUGAGAUCGACAAAAUGAACUAUUUUAAAACCAACACACUCAAAAGCCCUACAUGCCUUUUGUUGUUUGCCUGUCUGUUCACUUUUCAUUUUUGGUCAUCUGUUUUUUGUAAAAUGACCAAUAGAUUUUUAGGCUUUGGCUGAAAUUCAGUUUCUUGUACUUACAUGUAAAUGAUCAAUUUCUUUAAUAUUUUGUAUAAAAUUUGGGCUUAAUACAUUGACCAGAAAAUCUUCCUUAA